UCUGCAGUGAACUGGGAGGAGUUAACAAGCAAGGAAAAGUUGGAAAGGAACUUCAAGCGUCAGUCUGAUUUCAUAAGUUUAAGAGGAAGGGGAUCCAGGAGUGAGUUGGCUGCUCUGCGUUGGGCCGGUCUACAGUUUUUGAUAGGAUUCGGGUCUGGAGCAGACACUGACAACAGGAUUGAAAACCACGUCUCUUUAGGUGUAGAACUAUGGUAUGGAUUCGGGAGGUGAACUCUUCAGUUCCGUGAUAGCGCGGCAGGAUUCCGGUAGGUUCCUGGUGGCGGGGCAGAAGCCCCUGGCCAGAUUGGGAUCCAGCUCCUCUGACGAUGAGGGCUUUCAGGAUUGUGAGCUGAAAACGCCCGAGGGUCAGGCCCAGGAUGGCCCGAGCGUCCUGGCAGCGGGAGAGGGUGGCGGGCGUAGCCCGAUGGGCAACCCAUCGGGGCAUGGGUCCCGAGCGGCACCGUCAGCCAAGCCGUUUGGGACCCCUCCCCUGACAAUGUGCACCUCUCUGCCAGAGGCAGCGGCGAGCGAGCUGCCCAUCAUGAACUGGGAGACCCUGGAGAGUCACAUCGCCGGGCUCCAGCUACAGGAAGACGAGAGGCAACAGGCACGAGAGCGGAACCGCAAAGCAGGCACCGCUGCCGGAGAAGGGUCGCCACUGGGCAGAAGGAAAAUGGAGAGAUUCAGUUCCUGGGAGAGAGAGGGCAGCAGCAGUUGGCAAAUGACGAACUUUCACUGCACCACGAGGUUCCACAGUCGGAUGAACCUGCAGUUGUGUUUCAUCAAUGACAGCAGCAGUGAGAGCGAAUCCGAGGAAGCAAUCGGAAGUGUUUCCAGCACGCCAUCCUCUCAGGUAGUGAGACAGUCCCUAUUUAUCACUGCAACAAGGUCAAACUUCCUGGUUCGGUGCCGUUUUGUUGCUGACUGA